UUACUGUUUACUUGUUUAGGCCAGGCUGUUUUUAAUAUCCUUGAUGCAAAUGCAAUUCUUAGAUGAAACGCCAAACGCAAUUAUUAAAAUAACGUGCUAUGUAUAAAAGCUUUCUUACAAUUUAAAUGAUACGUUUAGUAUAGAUAGAAUUGUACGUUGUUGAGAAAUAUAAAGAUAGUAUUGCGAAGCUGCUAUAAAAAUGAAUGAAGGCAUGGAUUAUGAAAUAGAGUAUCUGGAUGAAGACGCCGAAUUAGUUCAGCAAUGUGUGCAGCCAAUGGAAGACAAUAAUAUAUUAAAUAAAAUAGCCACCGAUGAUUCUACUUUGCUUAUUGAAGUAGCUGAAAGACCGAAACGAAUUAAACGUAAAUUUGUUGAAGAAGACUCUGAUUAUGAUCCUACAGAAGAUAAAAUAAUACCAAAGUAUCGUUAUAAGAAGAAAUCUAAUACGAGUACACCUGCUUUAUUACCAAAAUUUAGAAAACACAUUCCUACAACACCAAAAUCCAAAACAGAAAGAAAAGAUCCUAGUGACUUAAACACUCGCAGGAAACUAGAUAUUAGAAUACCUGAUUAUGAAGAUCCACUAUGCAUGCCUGUCCGUGCAUUUAAUAAAGAUUUAUCUGAUCUUAAAAGAUUGAGGACUUGGAAUAGUCUGUGUUUGAAACAUUUUGGAUAUCACGAUAUACCCUUUAGGGCAGAUAAUAAGGAGUCGGUGAGUUCUUCAAGGACAGUUGUUCUUCGUAAUUUAUUCAACAAAAUGACAGGCAAGGCUGAGACAACUUUGUGGAGUAAAGUAUUAGUGAGUAAUGAAGAAGGAUUAAAAAAAUCAGAGAUUAUCCAGACUGUUCUGCCAAAAUUCAGGGAGAAGGAGACUCUUAGUAAUGUGGUUUUGUUGCGCAGUAAAAUAAAUACUGUCCAUAUGAGAGAUGAAGUAAUAUUGACAAAGGAACAAAAUAAUGAAGAAGAUACAUUAGUUGUGUAUAAAGUGAGCAAAGCUCUGGCAAUGCUAUAUAAAACAUUUGCUGUGCCUGGUAUGGAAGAAGAUAUGAUGAGAAACUACUUAAGAGAGGUUGCUGUGACUAAGAUGUGUGUGUACUGUUACCAGACGUCAUCAAGGAAUCAUAAUCAGAAGAAUAAUGGAAACAUGAAGUGCUCCGUGUGCGGUAGGGUUUGUCUCAGUGUCUACAACCUUCUGGCUCAUCUCCGCUCUCACGAUGACGCGACCGUGAGGAAGCAUAUCAACAGUAUAUCCUCAACACUUGCUCAGGCUGUGGAGUAUCACUACAGGUGUCGAGUCUGCCAGCAGAAGUCACCCACCAUCACGCAAUUGCGAAACCACAUUAAGACUCAUAAAAUUUCCGAAGUAUUUCACUGCGAGAUUGGGAACCACCUGACUUCAUAGUAUCUGCGUAUGAAAAUAAAUGUUUUUUUAAUUGAAA